CAGCAGCCAACGCUUGGCAUCACAAUACGGUAUUCUUGGCUCUGCAAGAUCAUCUCAUUCCACUAUGAGAGCUAGUUUCUCUGCGUCUGAUGUUCCUUUGAACUCUCCUCAUGGACCCAAGGAGCGUCGUUUCUCGACAAACAAGGAGCCCACUGACAGCGAGCUGAGCUCAUCAGUUCACCGUCAGUUCCGCAACGCUCAUGAAGGACACAAGCCACAUGCUGGACUAGACCCUUCGCGUGCAUCCACAGGAGUAGUCUGGACCACUGAAAGGGCUUAUGAGCAUGGAUUUGCCGAACAUCCAGAGAAGUGGGCAAACUUGGGUCAAGGUGCCCCCGAGGUCGAUGAUGAGAUCGAAGGCUGCUUUGAGAGACCUCAUACUAUCGAUGUCUCCAUGUCCGGCCGUGAAUACGGUCCUACUGCUGGUAUCAAACCUCUGAGAGAAGCUGUCGCCAACCUCUACAAUGAGCAUCACCGUAAGGGCAAGGAGAGUCAGUAUACCUGGGAAAACGUCUGCAUCGUCCCUGGCGGCAGAGCUGGCCUCAUCAGAAUUGCUGCUGUGAUCGGAAAUGCCUAUCUUGGAUUCUUCAUUCCGGACUACACCGCUUACAACGAGAUGCUGUCGCUCUUCAAAAACUUCAGUGCUAUCCCCAUUCCAUUGUCGAAGCAAGAUGGAUACCACAUGCACCCAGACAAGAUUGCAGAAGAAAUCGCCCGGGGUACUAGUGUCAUCUUGACAUCAAACCCUCGUAACCCUACAGGCCAGGUCCUGGCCAAUCCCCAGCUUGCUCAAAUUCAAGAUAUUUGCAGAGAUAGAGCGACGCUCGUCUUAGAUGAAUUUUACUCUGGCUACAACUACACUACUGACUGCGAUGGUACUGUCAUCUCUGCUGCCGACAACAUCGAAGACGUUGACGAAGAUGAUGUGCUCAUCAUUGACGGCUUGACAAAGCGUUUCCGUCUUCCUGGCUGGAGAGUAGCAUGGAUCAUCGGACCUAAGGAGUUUAUCAAAGCAAUUGGCUCGUGUGGAUCUUACCUCGAUGGCGGCACCAACGUUCCUUUCCAAGAGGCUGCCAUUCCUAUGCUCGAACCCACCAAGGUCAAACACGAAAUGCGUGCCCUGCAGCACCACUUCCGUGAGAAGAGAGACUAUGUCAUUGACAGAUUGACGGAGAUGGGCUUCAGAAUCCCGCUGAUUCCUAACUCGACAUUCUACCUGUGGCUUGAUCUGUCUUCGCUCCCUGAGGGCAUCAACGACGGUCUGAACUUCUUCAAUGCUUGUCUCAAGGAGAAGGUCAUUGUUGUGCCUGGUAUCUUCUUCGAUUUGAAUCCGUCGAAACGCAGGGAUCUGUUUGACUCACCUUGCCACAAGCACGUCAGGUUGAGCUACGGUCCAAGAAUGGAUGUUCUCAAGAUGGGUCUCGAUGGUAUUGAGAGAGUUGUCAAGAAGCACCGCAACGAUCCUACCCCUGCCAAGCAGGAAGGACCAUCCGAGACUGUUCAUGAAGGGCACGGAGAGCAUCCAUGAGGUCUUGUAAGGACGAAAAUUACGACAGUAUCUACACGUUAACAUCAAGUUCACUUCGACUCGAGGUGUAGUUUUAGAUACUUAUUUGCUCUUGCUAAAUGAAAAUAUGGGUAGCCAG